GAAGAAGAUUUCUUCCCUCUCCUCUCUGGUUGGGUUACUUGGUUGUGUUUUCUGCGUGUUUCCUUUUGCCUAACUAUCAAAUCUCUUUACCCUUUUUCUCUUCUUUCUUCUUUGUUUGUUUCCAAACUUAACAAAACUUCAUUCAAACAAGCUUCUUUCUCUCAUAUAUAUAUAUACAUUACACAAAAUUUCUCUCAUAUUAUUCCGAUUUCUUGGUCUUCUUCUUUGAGAAUAAUAAAGUAAGGAAGGAAGCAAAUCUAAAGGUAAUGAUGAUGUGAUUGAUUAUGAUGAUUAACGAUGAUUGAGACUCUUGGAAGUCAACAAAAAUUAUACUUCUUUGAAAUUAAUUAGACUGUUGAGUCAUCUAAAUUUGGUAUAUUUGUUUUCUCUAGAGAUUUGGUUCUUUAUGAUGUCAAAUUCCACAAUCUGAUCAGAAUAGGUUUGGUUUGACAAUGGCUGAGGAGAAUACUUCAGAAGUCAAAGAGAUUGAGAAUUCUUGCGAUAAAAAUACUCCGGAGAUGUCUGAAGAGGGUUCUGUGGAAAGGGUACAUGUAACGGAUGUGGGGAAUGCGGAAGAUGUUACAUCUGUGGUAUCCAAUGAUCAAGAAGAGAUUAUUAUACCAGUGAUCAAUGAAGUGCGUAAGCCACAAGGUGUUACUCCGAGACGCUACUCGACUGGAACAAUAGGUACACGACCAAGUAAACCGCAGGUUCAGUCUCGUUAUCGUGGGAAUCAUCGUGUGAGUUCGAUUCAUGAUUUAUGUAAACAUGGGAAGAGGUGUGAUCAUCAAGAUGAUGCUGCUGUGAAACCGUGGAAGAUGGUUAGGAGAAAGAGUGUUGAAGGCUCAGAUGUGAUCAAAGUUGAGACUUCGAGUUUGACAAGGAAGUCGUUGGGAAGUGUGAGUAAGCAGAUUCCUGGUACCAAACCUGAGAGUUCUGUGGCUGCAAAGAGAGAUACAUUGGCUUUGGAUGUGAAAAUAAAACCAAAUGCUUCUGUGAAUUCAGACUCUAGUAGUGAGCUUGCGAGAUCUGUUGGUGGUUCGAGUGUUAAAAGCAGUGAUAGAGCUCGGAGAAAUAAAGAAACCGAGUGUACUCUGAGUGGUGGUUCAUCUUCUGUUGUUAAAAAGGUUCCUGGCUUGAGAAGUGUGAAGUCGAAUGCUGCUAUGGGGAAGGUUUCAAAGGUCAGUGGCGCUGGAAGUUCUAAGGUUUCUGCUCCGAAGAAUAUGGAGAAGGCAAAGAGUGAGACAAUUAACAGUGAAGAUGUAAAAGAGAAGACUGUGUGUGUUGUUGAAUCUAGCGUCAAAGGUGUUCAGAGUGAGAAGAAGGAACCAUCAGAGAAGAAAACCAUAAGGACAGGACAUAAAAGCUUGACUACUCCUAAACGUGUUUCUAGUCCUACUAAACAGAUUCCUGGUAAGAUCAGUACCGGUUUGAUGACUAAGAAAAAAGAAACUGGUUCUGCAGACCUUGAAGCAAAUCCAAAAACAGAGAAGAAGAUUAUUAGGCCUAAGAAGACAGGAGUAAAGGUGAGUCUAGCUCAGCAGCUGACUUUCAAGAAAGGAAAGGUUCUUGAUCCGAAACCUGAGGACUCUUCUCCUAAAUGGAUCAAGUUCAGAAAGAGGGUUGUGCAGGAGCUGAAAACGCAAACCGAAGGAAAGAAGAAGAGUCUUAAAGAUAGGAGAUUGGGUGUUGAGACGAAGAAUGAUUCUUGCGAAAGUAGUAAACGUGAGAAGGUUGUUCUGAGGCAUCAAAAAGUAGAAGGGAAGAAGAAAAUGGUGACAUUGUUGAACAGUGUAAUUGAGGAGACAUUUAUUAAGCUCACAAAGGUAAGGAAGAACAAAGUGAAAGCUCUCAUUGGUGCUUUUGAAACUGUUAUCUCUCUUCAGGACACUCAUAAGACAUCUCACAAAUCAAGUCAAAGCAAGGCCACAACAUCUGCGUCUAAGGUUAGACCUUUGGUUUCCGAAGAGUGAAAAGAAACAAGACAAAAUUUAAUUUGUGCACAUAUGAACUAUUAACAUUCAAGACUUUAAACUUCGAGAACAGUAAUAAUAUUCUUGUUACUGUCCUCAAAAUAGCAAAAGAGUUUACUAUGCACUUUGACCAUUACUGAAGUUGAUAUCAGAGACGAUGAUGAAGUUGUAAAGCUUUCAA